UUGUGGCUGCCCAUCCGUCAACUUUCCAGAACGAUCGUGUGUGUGUCAGGAUGAAUGCGACCCUAGUGGAGCUGGAAACUGUCACUGAUCUGUGGGACGAGAAUGGAGCAUCCAGGGACUGAAAUCAGUUCUGGCCCUCUCCUGCUUCCCAGGUUUCCCCUCCUCUAGAGCGAUGGGAGGAAGGGCUAUGCAAAUGAACCCCUUUCUAUAUAGGGGUUCAUUCCCACCCCCCUGGCACCUUUGGCUGCUGAAAGGAAGAACAGGAUGGGUGUGCCAACAAGACGCUCUCUCCCUCUGUUCCUGCUGGGUGCUCUGCUGGCUGUGGGGGCCAUAGAAGGAUCCAGGAACCAGGACUGGCUUGGUGUCCCACGGCAACUUAGAACUCAUGCCUGGAACAGGCAGCUGUACCCUGAGUGGACAGAGGUGCAGGGGCCUGACUGCUGGAGAGGUGGCCAGGUGUCUCUGAAGGUCAGAAAUGAUGGACCUACGCUGCUUGGUGCAAAUGCCUCCUUUUCCAUUACCCUACACUUCCCUGAAGGUCAAAAGGUACUGCCAGAUGGGCAGGUUAUCUGGGCCAACAACACCAUCGUCAAUGGGAGCCAGGUGUGGGGAGGACAGCCAGUGUAUCCACAGGAACCUGAGGAUGCCUGCAUCUUCCCUGAUGGUGGACCCUGCCCGUCUGGUCCUCCGCCUCCAAGAAGAAGCUUUGUCUAUGUUUGGAAGACCUGGGGACAAUACUGGCAAGUGCUGGGGGGCCCAGUGUCCAGGCUGAGCAUUGCAACAGGCCACGCGAGGCUGGGCACCCACACCAUGGAAGUGACCGUGUACCACCGACGAGGGGCCCAGAGCUACGUGCCCCUUGCUCACUCCACUUCGGCUUUCACCAUUACCGACCAGGUCCCCUUCUCCGUGAGUGUGUCCCAGCUGCGGGCCUUGGAUGGAGGAAACAAGCGCUUCCUGAGAAACCAGCCGCUCCUCUUUGCCCUUCAGCUGCACGAUCCCAGCGGCUACUUGGCUGAGGCUGACCUCUCCUUCACCUGGGACUUUGGAGACGGCUCUGGGGCCCUGAUCUCUCGGGCAGCUGAGGUCACUCACACGUAUCUGGAGUCCGGCUCCGCCACUGCCCAGGUGGUCCUGCAGGCUGCCAUCCCCCUGGUUUCCUGUGGCUCCUCCCCAGUCCCAGGUACCACAGACGGCUACAUGCCAACUGCGGAGACACCCGGGACCACAUCUGGACAGGGGACCACUGCAAAAGCUGGGGGGACCACAGCUGGCCGGAUGCCAACUACUGAGCCCUCUGGGACCACAGCUGUACAAAUGCCAACCGCAGAGGGCACAGCUACGACCACCUCUGAGCAGCGGCUGACCUCCGCGGUCCUAGACACCACCGUGGCAGAGAUGUCAACCGUAGAGGGUGUAGGUACCAUACCCACAAGGGCCUCUGGAGCCACAGUUGCGCAGGCAACGGCCACGGAGUUGGCGGGAACUACCACUGAAGAGUUACCCACCCCUGAACCCGAGGGUCCCGAUGCUAGCCCAUUCCUGCCUACAGAAAGUUCCACAGGAUCCAUUGCCCCUCUACCGGAUGGCACAGACACCUUAAUGCUUGUGAAGAGACAAGUUCCCUUGGAUUGUGUUCUGUAUCGAUAUGGUUCUUUUUCCCUCACCCUGGACAUUGUCCAGGGUAUUGAAAACGCUGAGAUCCUGCAGGCCGUGCCAUCCAGCAAGGGUGAUGCGUUUGAGCUGACUGUGUCCUGUCAGGGCGGGCUACCCAAGGAAGCUUGUGUGGACAUUUCAUCAGCAGGGUGCCAGCCCCCUGCCCAGAGGCUAUGCCAGCCUGUGCCGCCAAGCCCAGACUGCCAGCUGGUCCUACACCAGGUGCUGAGAGGUGGCUCAGGGACCUAUUGCCUCAAUGUGUCUUUGGCUGACGCCAACAGCCUGGCAGUGGCCAGCACCCAGAUUGUUGUUCCUGACACUGAGGCGGCAUCUGGGGUUCUGCUCACAGGUCAAGGCGGCGGCCUCGGGCAGGCUCCCUUGCUUGUAGGUGUCUUACUGGGGUUGGCGGCUGUGGUCCUUGCAUCUCUGAUUUAUAGGCGCAGACUCACGCAGCAGGGCUCAGUUCACCCUGCUUCCCAAAUGCCGCACGGCCGCACCCACUGGCUGCGCCUGCCCCCAGUCUUCCGCACUCGCCGCCGCAUCGGUGAAAACAGUCCGCUCCUCAGCGGGCAGCAGGUCUGAGUACCCUCACGAUGCUAUGCGUUUCCUGCGGUCU